AGAAAUGUCAAGCAGCACGUGGUGAAAAGGAGACAAUGGUGAUGGAAAACGUCCGAGGGGAGAAGCAGCCCCCGACCUCUGAGAGGAAAAGGAGAUACUGGAGAGUGAGAGAUGCAAAGCAAGGAAUAGCAAAGUGUGCUGAUAAAGUCAGCCAGCUCUCUCGGGAAAAGGAACGCUGCAGCAGCUCUACGAAACAGAGACGCCUGGAUUGUGAGAUGGCCCUUGGAGAUUCCCAAAUGGUGGGGAUCCCCAAGAAACCUGUCCCUGGAGAUGCCCACCAACGCUCCCCCAGCCAUGACCCUGCGUCCUGGAAGUUUCAGCUCCUGGCCUGCCCUGAGGUGAGGGCAUUAGACAAACAUGUCCUGCAGCUGGCACCGAGGUACCUGCGGAGCGAGUGCAGCCAGAUGCAGUGGCUGAUGCUCAAUGCCCUCAUCACCACCUGCGACGAGCCCUCGAAGGCCAAAAGCAUGUGGAUCCUGCAGGAAAGCCUCCUGGAGCUACUGCAGGACCUAGAUGACGAGGUGGUCGAAACGAACCUCUCCUUGCUCAAAAUGAUGCUCCAGGCUGCCAACAGCCCAGUUUGCAGCACCCUCGUUCUGGAGCUGACUGGGAGGCUCCAGCCACUCUUUCACCACACCACCAGCAGUGUGCAGCUGCUCUCCCUUGAGCUCUUCCAACGUCUGAUGCAGUCUGUCAACAAAAAGGAAAGACAGCCGAUGAAGACACGGGUGUAUGAGAACGUGAUCGAACUGCUCUGCCUCCUGCAUGCCGAGAGCCCGGAGGUGGCAGAGGCCUCUCGGGUAACCCUGCUUGGAGCUGCCGCCUUCCUGAAGAAGAGGAGGCUCAGAAAGCUCCUGGAGAAGAGGAAGACAUUGGAAGUGGGCAAUAUCCCCUGUCCGUCUGCAGCUGUCAGGCCCUUGAAAACCUGCCAGAAGACACCAUCUCGUCAGUAG